AUGGAUCAGAUGCUUGAAAGGCUUGCCGGACAUGCUUACUAUUGCUUUUUGGAUGGAUAUUCAGUCUACAACCAAAUAGUAGUUGAUCCUAGUGAUCAAGAGAAAACAUCAUUUGUUUUAUAUGGAAAAGCUUGCCAUUUGCCACUGGAGUUGGAGCACAAGGCAUACUGGGCCUUGAAACUUUUGAACUUGGACAACAAGGCUGCUGGAGAAAGAAGGAUGUUGCAAAUUCAAGAGUUGGAAGAGUUCAGAGCUGAAGCUUAUGAGAAUGCCAAAAUUUAUAAAGAAAGAGCAAAGAAGAAGCAUGACAGCAACAUAGCCCCAAGGAAAUUUGAAGGACAAAGAGUAUUGCUCUACAAUUCUAGGCUGAAGCUAUUUCCAGGGAAGCUAAAGUCAAGGUGGUCUGGACCAUUCCUUGUCACCAAGGUCUCCAAAUAUGGACAAGUAGAAAUCAUGGAAGAAAAGUCACAACGAACCUUCGUUGUGAACGGUCAAAGACUCAAACAUUACUUGGGAGAUGUGGAGGAGAAGGACAAGGUUGAAUAUCACCUCAACUGA